AUGAGGAUACCCACCACCUCCUGCCUCUGCCCCUUUCUGGUUUGCCUCUGUUUCAUCCAGAGGUGCUGCGGGGCGAGCCACCACGUCCUCGCCCAGGUGCCCUCCAAGAACCAGACCAAACUGGCCAACGGGGGGCCGGAGGUGCACCACAGGCCCAAGCGGGGCUGGAUCUGGAACCAGUUCUUUGUUUUAGAAGAACACUUGGGACCAGAGGCACAGUAUGUGGGGAAGCUUCACUCGAACUCGGAUAAAGGCGACGGCUCCGUCCGGUACAUCCUGAGCGGGGACGGAGCCGGCACGAUAUUCAUCAUCGACGAGGUGACGGGCGACAUUCACGCCGCCAAGAGCCUGGACCGCGAGAGGAAAACGCAUUACGUGCUGCACGCGCAAGCCUUGGACCGCAACACGGAGGAGGCGCUGGAGCCAAAGUCGGAGUUCAUCAUCAAAGUACAAGACAUCAAUGACAAUGCACCCAAAUUUCCAGACGGACCCUUUGUAGCGACGGUGCCCGAGAUGUCUGAGCUGGGCACUUCUGUGUUGCAAAUCACAGCAUCCGAUGCCGACGACCCCACCUACGGAAACAGUGCCAGGAUAGUCUACAGUAUUCUACAAGGACAGCCAUAUUUCUCCGUCGACCCCAAAACAGGAAUCAUCAGGACGGCGUUAUCCGACAUGGACCGGGAAGCCAGGGAACACUACACCGUCAUCAUCCAAGCCAAAGACAUGGCGGGCCAGGUCGGAGGCCUCUCCGGCUCCACCACCAUCAACAUCACUCUGACGGACGUCAACGACAACCCGCCCAUGUUCCCCCAAAAAAACUACCAGCUGUACGUCCCUGAAUCCGCUCAAGUGGGGAAAGCGGUGGGGAAGAUCAAAGCCAACGAUGAGGACCUUGGCAUCAAUGCAGACAUCAAGUACAGCAUCAUUAACUCGGAGGGGGCCAACAUGUUCUCCAUAUCCACAGAGAGGGACACGAGAGAGGGCAUCAUCAGCCUCAAAAAGCCUCUAAACUACGAGAGGAAGAAGACCUACACUCUCCACAUCGAGGGCACCAACACGCACGUGGAUCCUCGUUUUUCCUACCUGGGCUCCUUCAAAGACACCGCUACCCUUAAGAUCACUGUGGGCGACGUGGACGAGGCGCCGGUCUUCUCCAUCGACCAUUACAUCAUGGACGUGUACGAGAACUCGCCGAGUGGCACGGAGGUGGGCGCGGUCACGGCCCGAGACCCCGACAGCAGGAACAGUCCCGUCAGGUACUUCCUGGACAGCAAAGAGGAAGGAGUGAGGCUCUUCAGGAUCGAUGAGAGCAGCGGCCUCAUACGGACGACGCAGCCUCUGGACCGAGAAGACGUGUCGUGGCACAACAUCACGGUGAUGGCCUCGGAGGUUGACAGCCCCAGCCUCCUCAGCCACGUCCACGUUACCGUCCAGGUGCUGGACGUCAACGACAACCCGCCAGAAAUAGCCACGGACGGGGAGGUCAUUGUGUGCGAGAGCUCGAGGCCGGGACAGCUGAUCCAGACGGUCACAGCGGUGGAUAAGGACGACUUUGCCAACGGACAGCGCUUCUCCUUCGCGUUGCCCAGCCUGCUGCCGGUUAAUCCCAACUUCACCCUGAAGGACAAUGAAGACAGCACAGCCAGCAUCAUUGCCAGGCGGCGGCGUUUCAACCACCUGACCCAGGACCUGUACGAACUGCCCAUCGUGGUGUGGGACGGCGGGGAGCCGUCGCUGAGCGGCACCAGCACCCUGACCCUGCGCGUGUGCCCGUGCCAGAGCCACGGCAGGAUCCGGAUGUGCCAAGGCGAGGCCUUCCUCUCCUCGGCGGGCCUCAGCACGGGGGCUCUGAUCGCCAUCCUGCUGUGUAUCGUCAUCCUGCUGGCCAUCGUGGUCCUCUUCGUCACACUGAGGCGCAGCAAGAAGGAGCCGCUCAUCAUCUCCGAGGAGGACAUCCGGGAGAACGUGGUCACGUACGACGACGAGGGCGGCGGCGAGGAGGACACCGAGGCCUUCGACAUCAUCGCCCUGCGCAACCCGGCCGCCGCCGAGGAGCUCAAGUUCCGACGGGACGUUCGCCCGGAGGGGAGAAAACACUGCGCCCGGUCCCGCGGCCGGCGGAGCGCGUCGGCGGAGCCGGACGAGCCGGACGUGCACGAGUUCAUCAGGCAGAGACUGGCGGAGGCCGACAUGGACACCGGCGGGCCGCCGUACGACUCCCUCCAGACCUACGCCUACGAGGGCCAGGGCUCGCCCACGGGCUCCGUCAGCCCGCUUGACACUCCGGCCGCGCAGUCGGAGCAGGAUUACAACUUCCUGGACGACUGGGGGCCCGAGUUCCAGAAACUGGCAGAACUCUACGCAGAGGCGGAUUCGGAUGCGACGACCUAA